AUGAAUGGGGGCCACCGUGGAGUGCCUAGUGCCGGAAGCCCUGUGUUUGCAUCCUGCUCCCCACAGAAGAUGUGUUCCUGGAUGCUGAGCUGUUGCUUAGCCCUUCAGCACUUGGCUGUGCAGGCCUCCUUGCUCUGCAUCUUCCAUUUCCUCCUGCUGCCCACCCUGCCUGAGGAGCUGCCCCACGCCCAGACCACUGGCGAGCUAUUGGCACAAAGCCUCUUUGCCUGUGGCAUGUCCACGCUGCUGCAGACCACCCUGGGGAGCCGGUUGCCGCUGGUUCAAGUCCCAUCCUUCGAGUACCUCGUCCCUGCUAUGGUGCUGAGCUCCCACCUGUCCCUUGGUGCCAGUACCGACAGGAAUGGCACGGCCGUGGCCAGCGUGUGUCGUGCACCGCGCUGCACUGUCACAGGGAGCUGGGCUGCCUCACUUCGAGAGGUCUCUGGAGCUGUGCUGGUCUCUGGGCUGGUUCAGCUGGUGCUGGGAGUGUCCGGUGUGUGCGGGUGGGCAGCCAGGCACUGUGGGCCCAUGGUCCUGGCUCCCAGCCUCUCCAUCAUUGGGCUGUCUGCGUACAAGGAGGCUGCUUUCUUCUGCUCCACCAGCUGGGGGAUAGCGCUGCUGCUCAUGCUCCUUGCUGUCACCUUCUCUCAGCACCUGGGGUCCUGCCGCCUGCCCUUCUGUGCCUUGUCCCAGGCUCGAGGGUGCUCCACAGAGCCAUCUGUCCCCACCCUGCGCACCUUCUCGGUACUGCUCCCAUUUGCUGGCGUCUGCAUCAUCUGUGCCAUCCUCAGCCACCUCCACAUUCCCUGGGAAUCACUGGACCUGGCCAUGGCACGACUGUCCUGGGCCAACAGCACCUUCCAUGCCCCUUGGGUCCGCAUCCCCUACGCAGGUGAGUGGAGGUGGCCGCUGCUCACCCCCCGGACGCUGGCAGUGGGCAUUGCCAUGGCCAUUGGCUGCAGCAUGAACUCGGUGGGCUGCUACAUGCUCUGCAGGAGGCUGCUGCAAGCCCCGAUGCUACCUGCCCAUGCCUGCAAUCGGGGCCUCUGCAUGGAAGGGCUGGGCAGCCUCCUGGCAGGGCUGCUGGGCACCCCAGGGGGCACAGCUGCCAGCAUUGCCAACACUUGCACCACUGGCCUCACACAGGCUGGCUCUUGCCUCUCUGUGCAAGUAAGCGCGGUGGCAUGCGUGGUGCUGGGCAUGUCGCCAAGGCUGGCAGAGUUCCUCACCCGCAUCCCGCUGGCUGUUCACGGAGGGGUGCUCUGUGUGACCUACGCUGUGGCUGUGGGCACGGGGAUCUCCUACUUCCAGUACGCGGACAUCGACUCGGGGAGGAACAUCUUCAUCGUUGGCUUUGCCAUGUUCAUGGCACUUUUGGUGCCGCGGUGGUUCAGCAUAGCUCCAGCUCACCUGGCUACAGGUUGGGUGCCCCUGGACCUCCUCUUCCUCUCCCUGCUCAUGGUGCCUGUCUUCUUAACUGGCCUCUUGUCAUUUUUCCUGGAGAACACAGUCUCAGGAACCCUGGAGGAGAGAGGGCUGCUGCCUGAGCUGGCACUGUGGAAAGCUGGCACAGGCCAUCACCACCCCUGUGGAGAGAAGAGUGAAGCCAGCCAGGGCUAUGGCCUCCCUGCUGGGCUGAGAAGGCUGCUGCCAUCCUCCUGCAAAGCCUUCCUCUGCUGUUUCCUCUGCCCAGGGAAUGAGGAAGAGAAUGAGAAAGAGGAGGAGGGCAGCCAUUCUACCGAGGAAGGGACUACUGCUCCUGGGGAAGGGACACAGUUGCUCCCAAAACCUGGAUCAGGGGAGCUGCAGUCAGCCAGGAGGCUGAGUGAAACAGAGAUGCCUGCAUGAUAUACCAGGGCCUGAUCCUGCAGUGUGGAGGCACCUCAUGGAGGACACGGCUGUGCCCCCA